AUGUUCAUCACGUUAGUCUUAUCGGCCGAUUUACGUAAAAGAAGUAUGCUUGGGCGUGACGUGGAAUUUACUAUUAUCGGUGACACGUUGAUACUUCAUUACGACAAUAAUGAUCUUGCCUUAAAUAUGGACAAUCCUGCGAUGAAUUUUACACAUGACGAUUUCGCAGUUAUACGGCAGACGGAUGACGAAUAUGAGACGUUUAAUAUUAUUUUUCUAGCCAUUGACGGGCGCGUGAUUGUUCGGGUGCCACGAGGCAUAAUCAAUAUUCGCUAA